UGACGCCUCAAACAUAUCAGCUGAGGCGUCGUUAGCCGUGACUGAUUUGAGCCAGUGUUUGGCAGCCGCUCGACUUCAAUUCGUUCGGCCUUGUUCGGCGAUAGUGUGGAUUUUUUUUUCUUUCUACUGUAGCUCUGUCUGAGUUCACGACGAGGGCGUGGACUCAACACGUUAGCUGCUGCUAAAGUUAGACGCGGUUCAAAACCUCCACAGCAAAGCGAACGUGUUGCUCGUAGCUAAUGUUUGGACCCGUCCGUGUGUUUUGUAGAAAUGUGAGACACCGUAAAGAUAAAGUUUUACAAAGCGGAACUUUUGGGCGUCUCUCUGAGCGUUUCUGUUUCACGCCGAGCCGUCUGGUGCUGCUGAGCAAUGCGGAAGCGACUGUCAGCAGAGAAAGAUGAAAACUAAAGCUUAUGUUUGUACAGAAAACAACAAAAAACGUCUCAUAACAAGAUUUUGUGGCACAGUUAAAGGGCACUGCAGCUUUCCAGAAAACCCAAACUAUCAGAGAGGAGAAAAGGUGUCUGAACCUGCAGUCCACACCGUCACAAAGUGUUAAAAUUUGGAACCAUGUGGAACCCAGGGAACGGUAACGACCAGACAGGUCAGGUGGCGGUCAGGAUGGAGACCACGCCAUCUUUGGGUAGUGCGAGCAUCUCCAUCUCCCAGCAGCAGGCGCCUAAGAAAUUUGCCCCCAUGGUUGCACCCAAGCCCAAGUUCAACCCUUACAAAGCGGCGGGGGAUCCUGCCCACGCUGAUUCUGCAGAUUACCCUCCCCCUCCACCACCUGUUGAAGAGUCAGCCGGUUUCCCAUCACCCCCUGGUUCCUUCCCUCCACCGCCAGUGAACUCAUUCGAUUUCCAGAUGAAAGGACCAGAGAAGACGCUGGAGGAGAGACGCUCCAGUCUGGACGCUGAGAUCGACUCCCUCACCAGCAUCCUGGCAGACCUGGAGAGCAGCUCGCCCUACAAACCGCGGAGCGCGCAGAACUCUGGAUCCUCUGCAGGCUCUACUCCCAACGCUCCUGUCACUGGUUACAAGCGGAUGGUCAUUCCAAAUCAGCCUCCUCUUACAGCCACCAAGAAGUCAACACCCAAACCUCAGAUUUCUGGGGGAGGCUCCUCCACCCCUCCUUCCUCUGGUAGCCCAGCGGCCAAGCCUCAAAGCCACAUGGCUCCUCAGCCUGUCCCAGCAUCCUACGCUACAGCCUCAACCCCAAGCCAGCCCACCUUUAAUGUCCAGGUGAGGUCAGCCCAGCCUGGCCCGCAGCAUCAAGCCCCCAGUGGCCAGUAUUUUGGUCAGCAGCCUAUUCGUAGCCCUGCACAGGUGCAGUACAUGCCUGCUCAGCCCAAAGGUCCCGAUUUUGCCUAUGGACCACCGCAGCCUGGCUUCUCCCCAAUGGGUCAGGGUGCAUAUCAAGAACAGCACCAUCCAGGCGUACCUCAAGUAGCUGGGCUGAGCUCCAGAAGACCUGAACUUGUCCCCAACCAAGCAUACCAACCUUCUGGGCCCAAGAAGACCUACAUCACAGAUGUCCCACCAAGCUUGACUCCCUACACUUCCGGACCAGCCAUUCCACCAAAGAGCAGUGCUCCCAUUGCCCACCCUGAAGAUGAGCUGGAGCGCCUGACCAAGAAGAUGCUCUUUGACAUGGACAACCCCCCAUCUGAGGAAUAUUUUGGGCGAUGUGCCAGCUGUGGAGAGAACGUGGUGGGUGAAGGCACCGGCUGCACCGCCAUGGACCAGGUCUUCCAUGUCGACUGCUUCGUCUGCAUGACCUGCAGCACCAAGCUGCGUGGCAAGCCCUUCUACGCUGUGGAGAAGAAGGCGUACUGCGAGCCCUGCUACAUUAACACCCUCGAGACCUGCACCAUCUGCAGUAAGCCCAUCAUGGAGCGCAUCCUGCGAGCCACAGGUAAAGCCUAUCACCCUCACUGCUUCACCUGCGUGGUGUGUUACCGCAGCCUGGACGGCAUCCCUUUCACCGUGGACGCGUCCAACCACAUCCACUGCAUCGAGGACUUCCACAAGAAGUUUGCUCCUCGCUGCUGUGUUUGUUCUGAGCCCAUCAUGCCCGCGCCGGGUCAGGAGGAGACCGUCCGUAUCGUGGCCCUGGACCGGGACUUCCAUGUGCAGUGUUACCGCUGUGAGGACUGUGGCUCUCUGCUCUCAGAGGGAGACAACCAGGGCUGCUACCCACUGGACGGACACGUCCUCUGCAAAAACUGUAACACCAACCGCAUCCAGGAUCUCACCGCCAAGGCCACCACUGACCUCUGAACCACCGCCGCCCGGUCACCUCCACUGUGAUAAACCAACACUCUCUCUCUCUCUCUCUCUCUCUGUCUGUCUCCCUCACUCUCUCACCCACAUGCCCAUCACUGAUGCUUACAUCAGCAUUUCUCUCUCUAUCUUUAUAUACAUAUAUAUGUAUAAAUAUAUAUAGGGCUACUGUAUAUUCACCGUCAGUAAUACCGUCACAUGUUCACCUGCAUAAAUUAUCUAUUGACUCGGUACAACGCAGCAAAGAGUUGCUGUUACAGGAAUGUGUUUUAUUUUUUUAUUUGAGCUAAAUCCUCGAACAGAGUUGUUGAGAAAACUGAGGCCACUUUUAUUUGUCCGUGCUAAAAAAUUCACCCUAGCAUCUGGUUAGCUUAGCAUGAACGAACUACAGCUAACCAGUCAAAUAUCAGUAAAUAUCCCAUGACCAGACGUACACGUCACGUAGCGCGUCGCUCGUACUGCGCUGAAAGAGUUUGCUCCUUUCGGACAAAAGCGAGACGACUUUAAAGGAUCGAUGUGUGGGAUUUAGUGGCAUCUUGUGGUGAAGUUGCAUAUUGCAACCAACUGAAUAACUUUUGCUUCACAUUUACCAACACUCGCAUCGGUGACGGCCUAAAGAGCAAUAUGCUCUGCACCUGCGUGAGAACAUCUUACCAGCAGGUGGCAGAAGUCCCUGUUUGUCACUGAAAAGUGACAAAUAACUCGCGAUAAUAAAUUAACAAAAAGAGUUCUUCAUUUUCAAGUGGUAACAAAUAAGUGAAAAUGAUGGAGUUAGAUUUGUGUCAACUAUUGUCAAAGACACUUUUUAAGAAGCAAAUAAAAGACUUAUUUUUUGAAAAUACAAAUAAAAUUGUUCUUUGCGCCGUGGUUUUUUGUUUUGCGAUUCUGACCAUGGGCGGGGCCUUAGGAAGCUUCCUGCUGAUUGGCUGCUGAGAUUUGGAGCUCAAUGGACCGGAAGUCGUCACAGGCUUGGAGUCACUGUCCGCCUGGAAUUUAUAAUUGCAAGAAUCUGACGUUUACCAGAUUACAAACGUUCGAUACUCUAACGCUAUAAACGUGUUUGUUUGAAGCUAUUGACACAAAUCUAAUUCUAUAGGGAAAUCCUCUUGUAAAUAAUGUGUCUUACAAAGAGCUGCCCCUAAAUCCCACACGUUGGACCUUUUAUAUUGCGGCGUAAAUGAAAAGUGGCGUUAAUCUUCUCAUUUAAACUCAUUUAACAGCCAGAGAGCAAACGAGCAACAAUGUUGUUGGUACAAACCGUCAGGUCACAGCUGCAAUACACACGUUUUAUUAUCAUCACUAUCUGCACCAUGUAUCUUCCACGUGUGUCGUCAUGCAAACGCAAACUCUGCACACUGACUGUUUGUGUGUGUGUGUGUGUCUGUGUGUGUGUGGAAAGACUCCGAGCGUACGCUAAAUCAUUUGGAACAUUCUUGAAUCUUCAUUCCAGUGCAUAUGCACAGACAAAAAAAGGGAUAAAUUACACAGCGAAAGCUUCUGCGUCACUGAACAACCAAAGAUUUCAAUGUAAAACUUCCUGUGUACUUAUUUGGUAUGCAACUCUAUUAAACACUGCCUCCAGUGUGUUGAGUGUACUGAGACCACAACAGUCACAAACAUUUUCAGUGUGGAGUCAGGAGCAGCAUUAUUUGCCCGUGGCUGCUGUUAAAUGCAAUUUCCCCCCUCCGAACAUAAUAUAUAUCUAUAUUUUUUUGUACUUUCUAUAGAAUUUGCUUGGAUGCUACGAGCAGAUAAUUGUUUUUGUUGGUCUGAAGCGUACAAUCUUGACAUUCCUUUCAUGUACACGACCUUUAACAGUAUAUGUGACUGUGUAGAGUUUCUAUGCAGAUCAGAGGAGUCGUGGAUCCAAUCAGUGACUGUGCUGUGAGCAGCUGUGGCAGGGAUAAUGAAUAUGACAUGGCUAUGCAAUUUUUAAUGUCAAUUGCAUUGACACUUUAUAAGAAAUUUUUAUGAAAAAAAGGAAAUAUUUUACCUGUACAGAUUCAAGCAUAAGUGUCCUUAUAGUAAACCUUUAGUGGAGACUACGCUGUUGGUACUGUGUGAUGUUGUGUGUCACUGUGUCACUAUCCAUUGUGCCUUUGACACUCGUCGUUUAUUUGUCGUGUUUAUUGAAAGUUGAUGGGGUAAAGAAGGGACUGCGAGAGUUUCCCACAUUUAUUUUAUUAUUUGUCUGUUGGUUUUUUUUGUUUUGUUUUGGGUUUUUUUUUUUUUUUUUAAAGGAAAGGUGACGGACCAGCUGCAGGGCUUUGACUGCUUGGUCUGAUUUAAUCACGGUGACUUAAACGUUCCCUGUGGAGGUUUCGACCACUUAGUGUUUAAAUGGUGUCGUCCCCAGUGUCGCUUCACACUCACGCUAGAAGGUGAUAGAAAGAAAAUGAACGCUCUCGGAGAACGUGGACGUCUGCCAACAGCUCACAAGGUUAACGUCUCAUCCAGGGCUGUCACUCAUUUUAGUUCAGGGGCCACAUUUGAUCUGAAGUAAAAUAAUAACAUAACAACAAGAACUCCAAAUGUUUCCCUUAGUUUUACAUUGAACAACCUGAAGUUUCGUGCAAUUUCAACAACAUUAUGCCUAAGUUUACUAUGUAUCUGGAAGUGGAAAACAUAGUUUUUAUGACAGAUUGGAAACCUUUGGAGGGCCCAUUCUGGCCCGUGGGCCAUAUGUUAGACACCCUUGAUCUAAUCUAAUUAAGUUGGACCUAAAACUACCUCCCCUGAAAAUAUCAUACAAAUCCAUCCUUUGCUUACAAACUUGACUUUCUCAAUGACGGCGAGUGUUCAGGUCUCAGACUGGUUCACGGAGAGCUACAGCGUCCUCCAUCAGUGAUGACAGUGUGUCCAAACCUCACAAAUGCGCACUUUAAAAUACCUGAACUAUCCCUUUAACAGGCUCAUCACCCGGGGGACGGCCAGUAUUAUACAUGAGUCAUCACAGAGAGAGCGUGUGGUGGGUGUGUGACGUGAAACACAUGCUUUAGAACACGCUGUGGAUUCACCUGAAAGUAAAACAUUGUUGUAAACAUUUGCACAAUUUAGUGAAAGCAGAAAUCUUGUGAUGAAUUUCGUGGAUUUGUUUACAGAAAAAAAAAAAAGAGAAAGAAAGAAAGAACUCCACAGGGAAUUUUGAAUCACCAGAGAUGUCGUUCAUGGUGUUUUGGCCGCUUCCUUCCUUCCAUGGACUGGUUUUCCGAGUCUUUCCGUGUAUUUUUAUGAGUGUAAUGAUGAUUUUCUUUACUACUUCUUGCUGUUUUCUUCGCACAUUCAGUCAUUGUGUUCAGUGCCAGUUGAAAAUAAGAUGGAAAGUGAUUUAUACAAACAAACAAAAACAAAGAAUCUCUAUAUACUGUAUCUAAUGUAAUCAGUAUCUGGUUACAGCAGACUCACUGGAUCAGUGUUUUCACCGGGGUGAUGCUUUGUAGACAUCUGCUCAUCAUAAACAGUCACAGUCAGGAACGCAUUGACCAUUUAAAAUCUUAAGGAGAAUUCAAUAUUCCCUGAAAUACAGUAGAAUAAACUCUGAGAAAGUGGCGCAGAGGUCGAACACUGUCUGUCAGGUUUCACGAGCCUCGAGCAGGAAGUGAGCGGAGACCUGGGUUCUCUGCGAGGUCAUGCAGCCACAAUCUGACCUCCUUAUCCUGAGGAAGGUUUUCUAAUCAAUAUUUGAAGCGUGUGUUCAGCAGACGGGUCAUUGUUCACGCAGAGAAACCAAAAGACAACAAGAACACAUCAGACCAGUGGGAAAUGUUGUGAAACUCAAACCAGCCACUUUAUAUUUACCUUAAACAUCCUGUUAUACUUUUAUUUUUAGACCCUUUUUUAAAAGAAAUAAGAAUAUUCUGGUUAUUCUGUUUCCUCCACCGUAGACCGGAGGACGAUGUCAUGCAGCCGUCACAACAUCAUUUAUGUUGCAUAAUAAAUACAUAUAUUAUUUUAUUGUUUACUAUGCAUCGUGAUAUGAUUUUCAGCUUAUAAUCACCUUCUAAUACAGAGUAUUGGGGGGAAAAAAUUACACUUUUGAGAAUAAAAUCCCAGAAAGUUGUCAUAUUGUGACUUUUGUCCUCAGUUUUCCCCGUGAACAGUGUUAUUUUUUUAUCCAUAGACAAGCAGUCAGUGACUCCACUGCCCCCAUUUGAACAGAGGUCUCCGGGAGAAUGAGUUCCGAUUUUCACUUGAUUUAUAACGUCCGUAAACAAGUUGUUCAUUUUGUAAAUUAUGUUCCCAUUUAGAGGAAAAAAAAAAAAGCCAAUAAAACAGGACACCACUUACACCACCGCCGCUUUUUAGUGUUUUUCAGCACGUUUUUGUUUUGGUUUCAUUUUAAUUUUGGCGUUUAUUAACAGACGAACAGCCUGACACGACAUGAGCAGAGAGGAGUGGCUCUUCGUGCAGGUCUGGCUCCUGAUUGGCUCAGAUUUCCUGACACUGAGAGACUCGUGUCACUGAGUAAACACUGUUUUACCGUUUCGUUCAAAUGACCCCGAGUUUUCACGAAACCUUGCUUUACGACCACAUUCCGACUUUACAAGGUAAUGAAACCCCAGUGUUGAGUUUACAGCUUGUGACGCAGCUCACAAGUGUUUUCAUUCAUGUGGGUUAAAGGCAGUUUAAGUCCAGAGAAGUGAUAUUAAAUGUGAAGUGUUUCAGUAUUUAAUGAUUUGCAGAUUAGUGUGUAUUCUACAAAGCUCACCCUGGUCUGGUCCAUGCUUCUUUUAAAAGAUUCAUUUCAACUUUAGGAUUUUAAAUGUGCCAAUAAAGCUGUGUUUAACUCUCCUGUUUACGGUAUUCAUAUGGACAGGUGGUCAGUGAACGCACCACACACGUCUGUGGACGCGUAACUGACAUGGAAAAAUGUUUGAUGCUUUUACUAUAAAGAUAUGUUAUGAUUCUUUUUUUGUUUUGUUUUUAAAGGGUUGUGUUCAGUGUGUUUGUGUCGUCCGUGUUUGUGUGUAAAAUUUGCCCUUUGCUGAGCUGGUUAUCAAAUCACUCCAGGGUUGUGUUUCGUGCCUCAUUUAAAGACUUUGCCUCGUUUAACUGUCGUUCUUUCUUUGCCAAAGUAAAAAAAACGGCAUCGGGAAACUCUGAAUCCACACCACAGGUGACGUGCUUAAGAAUCCUCUGUGGGUAAAGAUCUGUUCUUGGUCAGUGAACGAGGCGUGAUGUAGUCAACUGUUGUUUUUUCUUCUUCAAUAAAGGCUUUGCAACAGCA